GUUUGUUUUAUACUGUUGUUUCCCUGCAUUUUUGCAGGGAUGAGGUAUUUUCUGCAGCAUACAUAUAAUAUAAGAGGAGUCAUCAUCACCAUCAAAUAAGAAGCAUCCCCCAAGUCCUAAUCGUGGGUACUGUGUAUUUAUUUUCCUCCUCUUCUUCUUCCCUUUCUUCUCUGGCCCAUCUGAUAGCGUUGUGAUUCCUGGUACAGGAAUGAAUUAGGACUUGCAGCUGAUUUCUGGCCAUUGAAACAGCUUGAGUUCUGUGAGAUUUUGCAGGGGGGGAAGAAAAAAAAGAAUUUGGGUAUCAUUAGGAUGGUGUAACAUAGUACCUGAUUAGAUUUUUUGCAGAGAAAAAUAUAAAUUAGAGCAAGAAAAGGUAUCAAAGAGAGGCUGCAUAGAUUUGACAAUAAGUCAUGAAUGAAGGAAGCAGCCUCAAGGUGGGAUCUACUGCAACAUGGUUGAACACUUUGAGUCAACACCCAAAUUCACACGUGGAAGGUGGUGAUGGUGGGCAGUCUAUGAUGGGGGGAUUUUCUACACAGCAUUCACAUGGAUCCACCAUUAUUGAUCACUCCUCAGCAGGUCAAGGGAGGGGUUUGUUAGAUCUGCACUCUGAUACAGCUAAUAGCAGUGACCUUUUAGGCAGCAAUAGAUCUGAUGGAGAGCAUCAACAGGAUCAUAACAGUGAGAUGGUUUGGCAGAACUCAAGGCUCAAGGCUGAUAUUCUUCAGCAUCCUCUCUAUGACCAGUUGUUGGAUGCCCAUGUUGCCUGCCUUAGGAUUGCAACUCCUGUGGAUCAGCUCCCCAAAAUUGAUGCACAGUUGGCUCAGUCAAGGCAUGUUGUGGCCAAGUAUUCUAUCCUAGGAAGAAACCAGCUCUUGUCUGGAGAGGAGAAAGAGGAGCUGGACAGGUUUCUGGCGCAAUACGUGGUAUUAUUAUCGUCUUUCAAAGAACAACUUCAGCAGCAUGUACGGGUUCAUGCAAUGGAAGCUGUCAUGGCCUGCUGGGAGCUUGAACAGUCUCUGCUGAGCCUUACAGGAGUAUCACCUGGGGAAGGAACAGGAGCAACCAUGUCUGAUGAUGAAGAUGACCAGGCAGACAGUGAGGCUAAUCUAUUUGAUUUAGCUUUAGAUGGACAAGAUGGAAUAGGACCCUUUGGGCCGUUGAUUCCCACAGAAAACGAGCGUUCUUUAAUGGAGAGAGUGAGGUUGGAGCUCAAGCAUGAAUUGAAGCAGGGAUAUAGAUCAAGAAUUGAAGACAUAAGAGAAGAGAUUCUUAGAAAGCGUAGAGCAGGCAAAUUGCCUGGUGAUACAACUACUGUGCUCAAAACAUGGUGGCAAGCUCAUUCAAAAUGGCCUUAUCCAACGGAAGAUGAGAAGUCAAGGUUGGUACAGGAAACAGGACUUCAGCUUAAGCAAAUCAAUAACUGGUUCAUCAAUCAAAGAAAGCGCAAUUGGCACAGCAAUCCUUCUUCAUCUACAGCUACAAACUCCAAGCGCAAGAGGUAAUGGGCUUAUUGAAGUUUUAACAUACGUAGAUAUUACACAUGCUCCUAACAGAAAUAGAGGACGAAUCUGGUAAAACUGUAAUAAUGUCAUUGUACAAAUCCUAGUUCAAGCUUGCCUAAGAAAUCUUAGGUUUAUACCUCUAAACUUUGCUUAAAAGAGUUUGAUCUGUUAUGAUCAAAUCCGCUGUAUAUGAUUAGUUCAGUAGAGAGAUCUGAUCUUCUGGAAUUAUGCAAAGGAAAAGCACCUCCCAGAGCAUCCAGAGAAAGUUAUAUCAGAGUAACAUCGAGAAUAACGUGUAUAUAUAUAAUACAUAAUAUAUGAGAUUCAUAGCUGAAGCAAAAUUUGUUA